AUGUCAAAACCCUGGCUCCUGGUAUCUCCUGCCUCUCGUGGCAUUGGUCUCCAGCUCGCCAGACGCCUGCUCAAGACCACAGAUCUGCCCGUCAUUGCAACAGCACGAAAAGAUGUGAAAAUGACCAACGAGCAGAUACUGAAUGGCCUCGACGUGGACAAGCAGAGGCUUGAGGUGCUGAAGCUCGAUGUGACUGAUGAAAGCACCAUCUCUAGAGCGGCAUCCCACUGCAAAUCCCGUUUCUCAUCCAGCUACCUCCGCCUCGCUUUUUGCAUCCCUGGCAUCCUUCAUCCUGAGAAGUCCCCCUCCCAAAUCGACCACGCCAAGGCCCUGUCCACCUUUCAAGUCAACACGCUCGGUCCCCUGCUCCUCUCAAAGCACUUUUCGCCUCUUCUACCCCGCCGUUCCACGACCCUCGAACCCAUCCCGCACCUUCCUGCUUCCGCUGUCCUUGCCCUGAUGUCUGCGAGAGUGGGUAGCAUAAGUGAUAAUAGCCUUGGUGGAUGGUACAGCUACCGUGCAAGCAAAGCUGCUGUCAAUUCCAUUGCUAAAAGCAUAGAUAUCUAUCUAAGGCAAAGAUGUGGGGAGAACGCGAUGUGUGUGAGUUUGCAUCCGGGCACUGUGCAGACAGGGUUGAGUGAGGAGUUUUGGGGAAGCACGCCAAAGGAGAAGUUGUUUACGCCUGAGUUUGCCGCCGAGAAGUUGAUACAAGUUGUGAACGAUGCCGGGUUGGACGGGAGGGGCAAAUGCUGGGACUGGGAGGGAAAGGAGAUACCGCCUUGA